GGGACGGACGGUUCAGAGAGGAUUGUCGCUGAGCUCGAGCGGGAGUGAUGGAGGCCCUUGGGUCGAAUUUGAGGAUUCCUGAAAUUUUCUUCACAACUGAGUUGCAAGCCACAGAGCCAACUUGUGAUGGUAUUGUCUUAGUUACUGACAGCAUCAACAAGCUUUCUGGAGAUCUACAACAAUUGAAAGUUCCACUCAACCGCUACAAAUCUAUUGAUGCGUCAGUCGAGAAAGAAGUGGUAUUGGCCAAUGCUCCAGAUUUUCCAGGGGCAAGAGUGAUCUUUUCACCCACAGGACCCCUCAACAGGGAUUAUGAUGAUGUUCGGAGAUUCAGUGAUGCAGCUGUAGUAGGCAUCAAACGUGCUUUGAAAUCUGGCAUGAUGAAGCCCCUCCUCGUUUGUCCCCCUGACGAGCUUUUCAAAGAAGCUCCAUUAGUGACUCUGCUUGGAGCUCUGCAUGCCUUGUAUGUGCCAUUGGAGAUUCGUGAGACAUGCCCAGAAAAGGCAGCUAAAGUAGAUUUUCUGGUAGUAUGGGCCUCAAGUCAGGAGGAAGGGAAGAAGCUUGUACUGCUGUCAUCAGCAUUGGAGAGUGGCAGAACUGUAUGCAGGGAUAUUGGUGGAUCUGACCCAGAGAGAAUGGCUGCUCCAAAAGUGGCUGACUAUGUUCAGAGUCUUUUUAGUAAUUCUGUUGUAGCUGUUUCAGUCACAAGUGAUUCUGUGAUUCUCAAGGAGCAGUACCCGUGCUUGGCAGCAGUCAAUCGCUGUGCCAAAGAUGUUGAGCGGCAUCGAGCACGUGUUAUUGAACUGCAUUACACAGGAGAGGGUGCCACUGAUAAAACACUCAUGCUUGUGGGCAAGGGGGUAACCUACGAUACGGGAGGUGCAGACAUAAAAGCUGGAGGUGUUAUGGCAGGAAUGCACAGAGACAAAUGUGGAGCUGCAGCAGUUGCAGGCUUUUUCCAGGUGUUGUCCAUUCUGAAACCAAAAGGAAUCCAAGUGAUAGGAGCAAUGGCAAUGGUUAGGAACAGUGUUGGUUCAGAUUGUUAUGUAGCAGAUGAGCUUAUCACAUCCCGUGCGAAGAGAAGAAUUCGGGUGGGAAAUACAGAUGCAGAAGGGCGGAUGGCAAUGGUGGAUCUGCUGUGCCACAUGAAAGAAUUGGCUCUUGAGGAUUAUGAUCCCGACCGCUUUGAACUGUUCACUAUUGCAACACUAACUGGGCAUGCUAUUCGAGCUGUUGGUGGCAACUACUCGGUCAUCAUGGAUAAUGGCCCUGCCCAACAGGCUAAGACUGCAUACCAACUUCAGUCAGCUGGUGAUGAAGUGGCUGAUCCUUUCGAAAUCUCCACCAUUCGACGUGAAGAUUACGAUUUUCACAAGGGGAAGUCUGAGUAUGAAGAGAUUCUGCAGUGCAACAACCAGCCAUCCAGUGCCACACCCCGUGGACAUCAAUCACCUGCAGCUUUCCUCAUCAUGGCUUCUGGCCUAGAUAAGCAUGGAAUCGAUUCUGAAAAACCCCUGCACUAUUCUCACAUUGAUAUAGCUGGAUCCUCUGGCCCAUUUCCUGGCAUACCCACUGGAUCACCAGUGGUUGCCCUGGCAGCAAAAUAUGUGCUAAGUCGUAUUUGAAUAGCUGAUGGAAAGCUCAAAGGCACAUGGAGAUAAGAAAUGUCACAUUAUCAACUAUUGGAGGCCAUGCAGUGUCAUAGGACGUCUUAAUAAUGGGCUUUGUAGUUUCACCUGACAUGGGAACAAAAAAUGAAGUUAAACAUGAGUUGUUGGUAUAAAUCAGUCAGUGCAGCCUUCCUAGAACUGACUGCAGACAGUACUCCAAAGUUCCUCAGGUAGGCGAAUGAAUAAGUUACUGUCUUUCAGUACAAAAUUGUAUUGGUGCAAUGUAAACACUUCUGCAAAGCUAAACUUCCAACACUGCAAAUUUCAAGUUGAGCUGAGGUGGGGAAAAAAAUUACUUGGGGUCACACGAUCAGAAGAAGGAAAUUAGUGAUUAUGACAGAAACAAACAGCAAAUGUAAUGUUCAGAAAUAAAUAAAGAUUAAGAUGGCCUUGU